AUGGGCUCAGUCCAACCCGACACCGCCGACAAGCGGGCCAUUUUCUUCUUUGACAUCGACAACUGCCUCUAUGCCAAGUCCAAGAAAGUCCAUGACCACAUGGGACUCCUAAUCAACAAAUACUUUGUGACGCACCUCGACAUGUCGGCCGAGGAAGCGACGUACUUGCACAACAAGUACUACAAAGACUACGGCCUGGCCAUCGAGGGUCUGUCGCGCUUCCAUAAAAUCGACCCGCUAGAUUUCAAUCGAGAAGUCGAUGAUGCAUUACCCCUGGACGAGCUUCUGUCACCGCAUCCCGAGACGAGAGCCAUGCUGGAGUCAUUCGAUAAGACCAAAGUCAAACUGUGGCUGUUUACGAAUGCACACAUUACCCACGGCAUGCGUGUCGUGAAGCUACUGGGCAUCGACGAUCUCUUUGAGGGAAUCACAUACUGUGACUACUCCCAGACGCCACUCGUUCCAAAGCCACUUCCGGAGAUGUUCACCAAGGCAGAGCGGGAAGCUGGCGCCACAUCGGAGACCCCCAUUUACUACGUGGACGACUCUUAUUCAAACUGCCAAGCAGCGUAUGUGCGUGGAUGGACCAACACAGUCCAUCUCGUGGAGCCUGGCGUACCGGAUCCACCAGAAAAGGCGAGCAAGUAUCAAAUUAGCGAUCUCUCACAACUCCUGGAUCUAUUUCCUGAACUUCUGAAAAACAGUAAUGGUUCGGUAUGA